AUGCAACCUCUCGGCACCAGAAAGCGCAAGUCAGACCAGUUAGAGAUAACUGGCGACAAUCAGUUGGCGGCCGAUAUGGCGAGCCAGAAAAUCCCGACAAAGGAGGGCAGUUCCCACCCCAACGAAAGCCCAGCCAAGAGGCAGCGAGUCGGGAUUACACUUGCACAGAAGCAAGCACUCAUCGACAACCUCCACCUCGAGAUCACCGAGCGCGCGCGCAAGCUCCGGGCCAACUACAACAUACACGCGCAAAGUCUCCGUACGCGGAUAGAAAUUCGCGUCAAUCGCAUUCCCUUGUCUUUGCGCAAGCUCACGAUGGGAGAGCUACUGGAGAGGUACUCGAAAGAGCCGCAACAAAGACAUGCCGCGAAUACGGGAAGUGUCCGUGGCCCUCCUGUCCCUGCUAAGGAUGUGCCAUCUCGACCGCCGACAAGAGGAGCGAUGACGGCCCAUCCGGUGAAAAGGCGAAGGUAUGUUGCGCUGCGUCUCAACGGUUUGGUUUGUUAUGGUAACAAUCCCAACAGUCAUGAAAUCUCUGGUGGAGACAAGGAGAACCAUGUCCAAACCCCUCAAAAGAAGAUGCGCGCCCACACCGGAGCCGAAGUCGCGCGCCACCCCGCACAUGUCCUGUCACCGACCACCUCAAACUCCAGAGUCGCGCCCCGGACAGUCGCCACACCAGCUAGGUCAGGCAUAGCGCGCCCGGCCCCGACCCCAGGCAGAGCAGUCGCAGCAACCAACAUCCUCAACAAGAUGGUCGAAGGAGCCCGGCCAACCACACGCCCCCCCACAGCGGCAACAACAUCAUCUCCACGCAAAACACUCACCGGAACCGGCACAACAUCCUCAUCAGCCUCAGCAUCCACCGCCGCAGCCGCCGCCGCAGCCGCCGCAAGGCGCAAACGCGGCGCGACAGUCUCCACAGCCGGCAACCCCCCCUCAUCCGCAUCGAGGCCAGGAACGCGGACGGCUCGCAGGGCUAGUGGCGCCAGCGAGACCAGCGAGGACAGCACCUCAACAACAAUAAUCAGGAAGCGGCCCAUGACGGCGCCGCCGGGGGCUCAGCCGAAACCUCCCCCUUCGCAAACACCAGCAGCAGCAAACAACAGCAGCAGGGCUGCGUCGGGGAGGCGGACAGUUAUGGGGGACGAUUAA